AUGGAUCCUUUCCAAUCUCAUAGCAUCCGCGCAUUCGCCCUCUUCUUUGGGCCCAUGCUGCUCCCCAAGGCCAUCUCCUACUACCGCAGCGUGCGCUCGGCCCCCGGCCGCCAUGGCCUCUCCGUGCAGCCCGUCCCGCCGACGAUCCGAGUCGCCAUCUUCAUGCUCUCCUUCUUCGCGUUCCUGCUCGUCGUCAAGACGCUGCCGUUUGCCUCGCCGGAGAACGUCUUUGCCAAGACGCAGAGCAGGCUGCAGAUCCCCGUCGACGUGCUCUUCACCCGCAUCGCGGCUCUACGGCCCGACAAUGUCUACACGCCGUGGGACCAUGCGCUGAGGUCCAAGUUUGUCAAUCUGGAGAGCAGGCUGUUGUAUUUCCAGUACGGGCCGGAAGUGCUCGCCGAGUGCAUCUUUUGCACCGCAGACGAGCCCAAGAGCUACUUCUACUACGCCCUGCCUUCCCUCCUGUGGCCACACAUUGGCAACCUCGUCGUCCUCGCCAUCGCCACCAGCCCCUCCGUAACGGGGAAAUAUGGCUCCCAGUGGCGAGGCCUGGCAACGAUCUGCUCCGGCGUUCUCGCCGCAAUCGAAAUCUACCUCGUCCACUCCUACAACUACCAGGCCAACGCGCGGGCGCUGCGGCUCCACGAAAUCGACUUCUUCUACUGGACGAUGCGCAACUACCGCUUCGUCGCUCUGGCCGCGCUCGAUGCGGCCGUCGCCUACGUCUUGUACCUGUCUGCCACGAACCGCGCCUUUGUGCAGCCCCCCUCGCCGGCGGAACGCAUCGAGCAGGUCAACCGGGCGCUGGUUGCGGCGCGGAGCAAGGUCAAUGCGGUGGGAAUCGUCAAGAACACAAUCAUGCGCGACGAGGACUUGAGGUCGCGGUCGCAGGCGUAUUGGCAGCACGAGGUGCGCAUCAUGGGGGAGGUGAUGGAGGAGCGGGAGGUGAUUGAUGGCGUCAACGAUGCGUUGAGCAACAGGAUUGAUAUCCAGAACAUCACGAGGGAUGCGGAGACGUAUACGCAUAAUGUCCUGCGGCCGGUGCUAGAAGAGUAG